GGGUCCCACAGGACCCUAUGACGCAGGGUGGGGUUUUGUGGAAAAUAACAGGCGAGGCAGACGAAGCAAGACGCGCGACACGUCCAUUUACAUACAUACUAUUAAGCUACCUAGGUGCUUCAACUCUUGGAACAAAAUGGAAGACGCAGAUUUAGAGCAGAUUCGCAAAGCUCGCCUCGAGCAGCUCAAGGCGCAAAGCGGGGGAGCCAAGUCCGGCGGCGGCGGCGGCGGCGGUGGUGGUGGAAACCAGGGCGAACAGAGGAAACAACAAGAAGCCGAAGCACGAACCAGCAUCCUGAACCAGAUCCUGCACCCCGAGGCCAUGGACCGAUUGGGUCGCAUCCGGAUGGUCAAGGAAUCGCGCGCGACCGAGGUGGAGAACCGACUGAUCAUGCUGGCGCAGUCGGGCCAGCUGCGACAAAAAGUGACCGAGGAGCAGCUCAAGGAGCUCCUCAACGCCGUGGCCGACAAGAAGGAGGAGGAGAAGAUCGUCGUCAGCAGGAGAAAGGGCUGGGCCGACGACGACGACGAUCUGCUUGAUCUUUGAUUGGGAGAGCAGUGUCGCCUUGUCCCGGUCGAUUUCCAAAAAAAGAAAAGAAAAGAAAAGAAAAACAGAAAAUGAAGGUUUUUCUCGUACAUUUCUAAAUUCGAGCAGCAGGCUAUGUUUGAUCAGUUUGCAAACAACAAGCUGGGGUAGGAUGGAUGAGCUACCAAGCAAAUAAUGAGUGCCAUAGGGAGUCGUCCUUGUACACAGUUCAGGGAAAUACUUCCAUAUAUCCGUAUGAUGUGUUUUGUCAAAAUACCUACAGCGAUAUAAUGCAGCACAAUACAUUACAAAGACGUAGCGAGCAAUGGUGCUACAAAUGGUAUUACAAGUCGUCCAG